AUGGCAUCUCUCACAAGCGGGGAGUAUCCCCCCACUCUCAAAGCUGAAGAAAAGGACGCCCUCAUCGAGACUGUCAAGGACUGGUCGAUAGGCAAUGGCCUCGCAGUCAGGCCUCCCCCAACCGUGAUAGCCGCCGAGGCAGAUCCCAAGGGUAUCGCUGCUACUAAUGUGCCUGUCACGCUCUUCCCUAGCCCGUUUCCCAGGCAGUGCUUUUCCCAGGGCAAGGCAGUUCAGAAGACUUACAACGAGCUGUAUGCUUCAAACCUGUCCCUAGGUUUGUUCCGAUCAGACUACAUGGUUCACCAGGAUACUCACACCUCCCCCCCUUCUCUGCAAGUUAAGCAGGUUGAGUUCAACACCAUCGCCUCUUCUUUUGGUGGUCUCUCCACAUACACUUCCGCCCUCCACAAGUAUCUUGCUACAACGGAAUACCCAAUUUUGGAAAAUUCAAUCACUCAAGGAUCGCUAGAUCUACCAGAAAACACCAGCACUCGGGGCUUGGCAGCAGGCAUUGAGGCAGCUUACGAUGUAUAUCCUCAAUCCGAACUCGGACACCAAAAGUGUGUUAUCUUCCUGGUUCAGGAUGGCGAGAGGAACAUUUUCGACCAGCGCCACCUUGAGUAUCAAAUCAUCAAGUCUUCUCCGUCCAUCCCCGUCUUCAGACUUCCAUACUCUCAAAUCCUGAAACACACAAAAAUCGCAGAAACUUCCAAGCGACAGCUUUUGUACCAUCUUCCACGAAACCCCACCAAGGUUUACGAGAUUGCCGUUAUUUACAUGCGAUCCGGAUACGGACCCUCUGAUUACCCUGACCAGCAAGCCUGGGAUGCUCGAUACCACUUGGAGAGAUCAAACGCUAUCAAGUGUCCCACUGUUCUUACACAAUUGGCCGGAACAAAGAAGGUUCAGCAAAUCCUGGCGACACCGCGGCCGUCAUCCUCGCCUUCGGCCCUCAGCAGAUUUAUUCGCGAUGACACCGAUGAUGCCGCUGAACUAUGGCGCACAUUCACCAACAUUUAUCCCAUGGACACAAGUGAUGCGGGUCUCGAGGCUCGAAAGAAGGCUCUUGACCCCAAGGCUUGUCAAGACUAUGUGCUGAAGCCUCAGCGAGAAGGUGGCGGAAACAACAUCUACAGGGGAGCCAUCCCCGAUUUCCUCAAAUCUGUCCCUGAGUCCCACUGGGGAUCUUAUAUCCUCAUGGAGCUCAUCACCCCUCCCCCAGUUAACAACAUCAUACUCCGCAACGGCAAUCUCGAACAAGGAGGCGUCAUUUGUGAACUGGGAAUAUAUGGUACUUGUGUAUGGGAUCAAAGCACAGGAAAGGUUCAACACAACGAAGAGGCCGGAUAUCUCUUGCGCACAAAGGGUGACAAGAGCGAAGAAGGCGGUGUUGCUGCUGGCUUCGGGUGUAUGGAUAGCUGCACUCUAGUAUAG